GCUCGACCUUUCACUUCCAGUUAUCGAUUGAUCGAUUGAUUGAUUGAUUGAUUGAUUGAUCGCUUACUAGCAAAAAAGAAAAGCGCGACCCAUACAUUUACACAGACGCAAUACGAAACUACUACAUCCCAAAAUGCAUUCCCACCUCCACACAGCAUACAACAUUAACUGCGAGGAAAUCAUGACCGCCCUCGAUGAAUGCCAUGCCCGCGGAUUCAUCUACAAAGCACUCGGAAAUUGCAACGAUAUCAAACGCGAAGUGAACCGCUGUCUUGCUGGGGAGCGGUACGAACGGGCAAAGCACAACCGCGACCAGGCGAAAGAGAAACGCAAGCGAAUCGAGAAGAUCUGGGCGGAUGAGAGGGCUUUGGAGAUGGGUGGUGGUUCUGCCGGUGCUACUAACACUGGUGCUGGGAAUGGGGAGAAGUAGUGAUUCUUUUUCUUCUCUUUAUUUUUUUUUUCUUUUGUCGGUUCUACGUUGUUUUGUAUGAGGUUGAGAUUGUGGCAGUAGAGAGAGAGAGAGAGAGAGAGAGAGUGUGUGUGUGUGUGUGUGUAUAUUAAUUGUAUUUUACAUGGCGGGUUGGGCGGUGCCCGGCGUUUAUUAUAUUAU